AUGACGGACCGCGAGGCGCAGGAGGUGCUGUGCCCCAGCGGCUACUUCGGAACCGUGGCGCUACUCUGUGCGGAAGGCAACGUGAGCGUGGAAGCCGUGCAGUGCCAAGCCACUCGCUGCGAGGAGGCGGAGGUCAUCGUCGGCGGGCAAGCGGUGCAGCACCCAGACAUGGCCGAGGGCGAGACGAUAGAGUAUCCGAACUUUUGCGACAAGUGCCAGACUGGCGCCCUCACCCUGAACUGCACCGCGACGGGCGUAGAGGCCGUCUCCUCGAACUGCCGCCUGUCGCGCGAGUGCUGCGCCCCUGGGGGGCUGCUGAACUCCUCGCUGGUCUACCCGAUGCUCGAGGACGGGGAGGUUUACCCCGCGGUGUGCACCGGCGGGCUCGUCGGGACGGUGUGGCUCAGAUGCUCCUCGAGCGUCGUGUCUCGGGAGAACCUCUCCGAGUCCUGCAGCCCCGCCUGCCCUGCCGGCCUGCUGGACACGGGCGGCAUCUCGAUCGCGAUCGCCAGGCCGAGGCACCCCGAGAUGAUGUAG